GGGCACUCCACCUUCCGUCCCUCGUUCCCCUCCAUCCAAAGAAGCCUCUGCUAUCGCUUCCCUCCCAAAAUGGCCACCUCCGGCGUGACCCAGUUAACUCCCGGAAACCGCCGCUACGCCUCUCUCAUGCCGUCUCUUACCAUUCGCCCUCCUUCCGCUUUCCUCUUCUCCUCUUCCGCCCCCUUAUCAUCAUCAUCAUCUUCUUCUCUCUCCUCCUCUCUGGCUUCCUCUCGCUCCCUUAGAGUCGAAUUCAGGACUUCUUGGAAGAGAAACCCUAAGCCUAAGCAGGCGCUGAGGGUGGAUUGCUCGGCUCAGGAGCCGCUGAAGGUGAUGAUCUCUGGGGCUCCUGCGUCGGGGAAAGGCACUCAGUGUCAGAUGAUCGUCGAGAAGUAUGGAUUGGUGCACAUAUCAACAGGAGAUCUUCUAAGAGCUGAAGUAUCACAAGGGACAGAAAUUGGAAAGAAAGCAAAAGAAUACAUGGACAAUGGCAUGCUUGUUCCAGAUGAUAUCAUCACAGAUAUGGUGAUAUCACGGCUAUCACAACGUGAUGUAAAAGAGAAAGGAUGGCUUCUUGAUGGGUAUCCCAGGAGUCCUUCACAAGCACAGAGUCUUGAAAGGAUCAAAAUAAGACCAGACAUAUACAUUGUACUAGAUGUUCCUGAUGAAAUUCUAAUCGACAGAUGUGUUGGAAGAAGGCUGGAUCCUGUGACUGGCAAAAUUUACCAUCUUAAAUACUCUCCUCCAGAAACAGAGGAAGUUUCUGCACGGCUUAUAGCUCGUUCUGAUGAUACACAGGAAAGGGUCAAAUUACGUCUUGAGACAUACAAACGAAAUGCUGUAGCUACCUUGCCAACAUAUCUGGACUUGUUAAGAAAGGUAGAUGGAAAUCGCCCAAAAGAAUUUGUAUUUGGAGAAAUAGACUCCCUAUUACAGCAGGUUUAUAAUGCUGUAAAUAACAAGAACUUGGACAAAAUUAAAGGAAAACUGGUUACCAAUCUGAAAAUGACAACUUCAAACAAGGAUAAUUGGCGAGGGAUUCCUACUCGAUUGAAUAAUAUUCCACACUCAAAGGAAAUAAGGGAAUAUUUCUAUUAUGAUGUGCUACAAGCUACACAGAAGGCCAUAGAAGAAAAAGAAGCCGAUUCGCAGGUGGAGAUCAACAUUCCUGAACUUAACCCGGAAAUGGAUGUCUACCGAAUAGGUACCCUUAUGGAACUUGUACGAACUCUCGCCCUUUCAUUUGCUGACGAUGGAAAACGUGUCAAGGUUUGUAUCCAAGGGUCUAUGGGGGAAGGUGCACUUGCUGGUAUGCCAUUGCAGCUUGCUGGAAGCCGAAAAAUUUUGGAAUUUAUGGAUUGGGGCGACCAUGGUGCUAAAGGCACCUUUAUUAACAUUGGCUCCAUAGGUCCUAGAGAGGUCGAUGAACAAGAUGAUAUAUUUAUUCUAGUGGCUCCCCAAAAUGCUGUUGGGAACUGUAUAAUUGAUGAUCUUAGAGCGAUGACAGAUGCAGCUGGUAACCGUCCUGUUAUCCUUGUUAAUCCUCGCCUAAAGGAUUUGCCGGGAUCAAGUGGCAUAAUGCAAACAAUGGGAAGGGACAAGAGACUGGAGUAUGCUGCAUCAUUUGAAAACUGUUACUCCUUUCGGCUUCUAUAUUAUGCAGGCACACAAUACCCAAUUAUGGGUGCUCUGAGGAUGACUUACCCACAUCGUUACGAACUGUACAAGAGGGUCGAUGAGCCAUCUGGAAAGGAGAAAUAUGUCAUCAUAGCUACAUUCCCAGAAAAACCAACAGGCGAUGAAAUUAAUGAUGCUUUCCUAGGAAAACCAAGAAACAAAGAGAAAGCAACUUCUGGACUCUGGUCCAAACUGAGCGAAGCCGACCCAUACCACCAAGUACCGGCCCAUGCCAUCUGGUUUUGGGUAGUACCAUGUCUGGGAGAAAAAAGUAUUAAGAAAUUUGUCUGGGCACGAGAUGCAUACUGUACCGCAUGAACUGUAUUGUACCAAACCAGUGAUGUACUAGUACAGUUCUCGGUACCGGUUUUGCAGGCCUUGAUCUAGACUUUAAAAAUUUGAAUAUAUCCUGCUUAUGUAAUAUCUUUUUCCUACUUUUCUAGGGGUUUCUUGAGCAGUAUUCUGUGAGCAAGAAAGAGAUUCCUCUUAACACUGUGCAACUCAGAUGCAUAUGCUGUAAAUGGGCUGAUGAACAGACAUUAUCUUAUUCUGUUUCCAGAUUUUCUCCUUCGGAAAAUUUAUGAAGGGAUCCUCCCAUAAUUAUGUAAAUUUGUAUUUUAACCCAUCUAGAUCUUUCUUGAAAAAGCUACGAUGAGGUAGGAGGGAUUGUAUUGUCGUUAGGGAGGAAAAAGGAUUGUAUUGUACUUUAUUUGUAAUGUUUCUGUUUGAUGCUAAUGCAGCUUAGCUGUUUUUUCCAAUGUAAGUCGGUGCUUGUAUUAGGUUCAA